CCUUCCUGGCUCGGCGGCGCUUUGGGCCUGAGGGGAGAAUACAGCCGCGGAGGGCGCUGGGGGCCGGUGUUGGCGGCGCGGGAGGCGGUAACGGGACGGCGACGCGGUAUUGGCGCGCCCAGGGGUCCGGCCGCAGCACCUAACGGGAGAUGAACACGGCCGACAAGGCCCGGCUGGGGCCCGGGGCCGACGGGCCGGCGCCGCCCGAGGGGCAGGGAGGCGAGGCGGGUAGGAAGGAGCAGACGGCGGACGCGACCCCCGGGCCCAGCGACGCGUUCCGCCUCCUGGUGACUCGGCGGGAGCCAGCCGUGAGGCUGCAGUAUGCAGUGAGCGGCCUGGAGCCGCUGACCUGGUCGGAAGACCACCGCGUAUCCGUGUCCACGGCCCGCAGCAUCGCUGUCCUGGAGCUCAUCUGCGACGUGCACAACCCAGGCCAGGACCUGGUUAUCCACCGCACCUCAGUGCCCGCCCCUCUCAACAGCUGCCUCCUCAAAGUCGGCUCAAAAGCAGAAGUCGCUGAGUGUAAGCAGAGGUUUGCCACCUCCACGGACCCCACCAUCAGCCAGACUUUCAUGUUGGACCGGGUGUUCAACCCCGAGGGGAAGGCUUUGCCACCACUGAGAGGGUUCAAGUACACUAGCUGGUCCCCCGUGGGCUGUGAUGCCAAUGGCAGGUGCCUUUUGGCAGCACUGACCAUGGACAACCGCCUGACCAUCCAGGCUAACCUCAACAGACUCCAGUGGGUCCAGCUGGUCGACCUGACUGAGAUCUAUGGGGAGCGUCUCCAUGAGGCCAGCUACAGGCUCUCUAAGAACGAGGCCCCCGCGGGGAGCCUGGCGGACUUCGCAGAGUUCCAGCGCAGACACAGCAUGCAGACGCCGGUCAGAAUGGAGUGGUCCGGCAUCUGCACCACCCAGCAGGUCAAGCACAACAACGAGUGCCGGGACGUGGGCAGCGUGCUCCUGGCGGUCCUCUUUGAAAACGGCAACAUCGCGGUGUGGCAGUUCCAGCUCCCUUUUGUGGGCAAGGAGUCCAUCUCUUCCUGUAGCACGAUUGAGUCGGGCAUCAGCUCUCCCAGUGUCUUGUUUUGGUGGGAAUAUGAGCACAGCAAUCGCAAGAUGAGCGGCCUUAUUGUGGGCAGUGCCUUUGGACCUGUGAAAAUUCUCCCUGUCAAUCUGAAGGCAGUGAAAGGCUACUUCACUCUGAGGCAGCCUGUGGUCUUGUGGAAGGAAAUGGACCAGCUGCCCGUGCACAGCAUCAAGUGUGUCCCGCUCUACCACCCUUACCAGAAAUGUAGCUGCAGCUUGGUGGUGGCUGCCAGAGGGCCCUAUGUGUUUUGGUGUCUCCUGCUGAUCUCCAAAGCUGGCCUGAAUGUUCACAACUCCCACGUCACGGGCCUCCACUCACUGCCCAUCGUCUCCAUGACUGCGGACAAGCAGAACGGGACAGUGUACACUUGCUCCAGUGACGGCAAAGUGAGGCAGCUGAUUCCCAUUUUCACGGACGUCGCCCUGAAGUUUGAGCACCAGCUGAUUAGACUCUCCGACGUGUUCGGCUCCGUGAGGACACACGGGAUAGCGGUGAGCCCCUGCGGUGCGUACCUGGCCAUCAUUACCACUGAGGGCAUGGUCAACGGCCUCCACCCCGUGACCAAAAACUACCAGGUCCAGUUUGUCACCCUAAAAACCUUUGAGGAGGCGGCUGCCCAGCUCCUGGAGUCCUCGGUUCAGAAUCUCUUUAAGCAGGUGGAUUUAAUAGACAUUGUACGCUGGAAGAUUCUAAAAGAUAAACAUAUCCCGCAGUUUUUACAAGAAGCUUUGGAGAGAAAGAUUGAAAGCAGUGGGGCCACUUAUUUUUGGCGUUUCAAACUUUUCCUCCUGCGGAUUUUAUAUCAGUCGAUGCAGAAAACCCCUUCAGAAGCCUUGUGGAAACCUAGCCACGAAGACUCAAAAAUCUUACUGGGUGACUCCCCUGCGACAGGCAAUGCUGAGGAAGAACAGCAAGAGGAAGGCACUUCCUCCAAACAGGUUUCAAAGCAAGGCCUUCAGGAGAGUGUCAAAGAAGGGGACCCAGAGGACCCCACAGACGACUCCCUCGCCCAGUCUGGAGAUGCCGGAGGCCGUGAGCCAAUGGAGGAGAAGCUCCUUGAGAUCCAGGGGAAGAUCGAAGCCGUGGAGAUGCACCUGACGCGGGAGCACAUGAAGCGGGUGCUGGGAGAAGUGUACCUGCACACCUGGAUCACGGAGAACACCAGCGUCCCCACCAGGGGCCUCUGCAACUUCCUGAUGUCCGACGAAGAGUAUGACGACCGCACGGCGAGGUAAGUGGAUUCCCGGAGCGAUCACCUGCUGGGAGUGUGCGCGGACAGCAACCUUCCCGACCCCCGACCAGCCCUGCUCUGCAGACCCGCCGGUCCGGGGUGCACCUGGCUUCCUCCCAGUCAUGCGAGUCUUAGCUAAUCACCCCUUCCCCGGAUGUGCCUUCCUGUGUCAUCGAACCUGCCACCGCACUCUCCUCCACGCCACGGGGCACUCUGCCUUCCUGGACGUGUCUCCUUUGCUGUGGGUCACUGUCCCCUGGGCAUCCAGGAUCUGGGACGAUGCCUGGAGUAGCAACGGCCCAACCGGGCUCCCAGCUGAGCUGUGUCCCUCAGGGGCCACCCAGCAUUCCCACGAGGCAGGAGGUGACGUCAUUCUUCACCCCUUCGACUGAUGAGAAGGCCAAAGUUCAGAAGGGUGAAGCUGCCUACGAGUCACCACCGCCCCCGAGCUUUCGCCCUGCUGGGCCUGGGCCUCACUGAUGGGCACCUUGCAAGAUCCCCUGCAGGACCAGCGCUUGCCGGGCAGCAGCAUGACGCCUCAGUCUGGCUCAGUGGCGUGGCCCCGAAUGUCCCCCUAGGAGGGCUUUGGGCAGCAGCCCACUGACAUGCGUUCAUAGAACGUGUCUACAGAGUCCCAGUUGGCUUGGCUGGUAGAUGGACUUCAUGGAGGGGCCGAAGCCACCCUCGGCCCUGCCACAGGCGUGCUGGUCCUUGGUCGGGACAUGCCCUCGGGCAUGGGCUCCCACUGGUGGCUCCGGACAUGUUGGUGCCCUUGCAGGAGGCCUGGCAGUCCCCUCCCCCAGGUGGCCCUGAGGCACGCCCCCCAUGCCCUGCUAGGGUGCAAAGGGCACCUUCACUGUGGCAGGACCCCUCUCCAGUGCUUGUUCCUGGGCCCCCCAGAGUGGCACAGGGUGAGGGCAGAGGCCACAGACCUCCCCUGGGGUGAAAUAACCGGCCUCAGCCCAGGAAGCUCAGACGGUGCCCACAAGUCCCCAGUAAUCCAUUUGGCUGAGCAGACGCCGGGGAAGAAAGAAGCAAGGACAGGGGUGCCAGAGCCCCCUGCAGCAAAGGGACACACAGGCCAGAGGGGGCACGAGGCAGGAAACAAGAGGCGCUGAGCAGACUGUGGUUCUGGCGUUUCUGAAGCGCCCUGGCCCACAGUUCUGUCUGUAACAGGCACCUGCUGCAUGUCAGCCCAGGACAGAGAGGGCCAGUGGCAUUUCACUGCCUUUCAGCAGGACUGCAGGCACCAACAGGGCCAACACAGGGAGAGAAGUCGGCUCACGGCAGUGGGAGCCCUGGGGCACGGGGUGCUUUGAGACAGGAGGACAUCUCUGAACAGCGAGAUUUUCCUAGAACAGGCAAAUGAGGGAACCGGGGCGAGCCCCCAGGCCCACCCGAUUGGAUGGGAGUGACCAGAGCCCCGCCCCCUCUUCUACCCCAAAGGUCAGGCUUUCUUGGUGAGACCGUCUGCUGGCUCGUGCCUGCAGCUGUUCCACAAAGCGACACUUGAGCAAAACGCAGUGUUUCCGCCUCCCUCUUCCCCCCAGCCACGCCUGUCUCACCUAAUGGUCCAAUAUCUCCCAGUCUGAUUCGAUUUUUCUCCAGCCACUUACAGAAAAAGGCCUUGCGGCCAAAACAUUACCGCUGACCUGAUUAGCCAGGCUUCGCUGAUAUUUUUAUCAGCAUUUCCCCUUCUUCCCGCUGACAGGAGCCGGCCCACACUGCCGCGGAUAUCUGGACUACAACCUGGUUGUCUGAAAUAUUUAACAGGCUUCGCUAUUUUCCAUGUGUCAGGGAGCUGAGCGCCAUCACAGGGGCCUGCCCUGCACCCAAGACCUCCCCGGGGAAGAGUCUGUGGGUGCGGCACCCUCCACCCCUCCUGGGAGGCUGAGCUCUGGGGUGAGGGGACCCUGCAGGGCAGGGCUCUGCCCUGUCGCCAGCCCCCACCCCUGCGUCUCUCCCGAGCCUGCACUGAGCGCACAGCACACCACCACGGGGCACGAGGGAGCUGCUGCGAGCACCCGCCACCCCCACAGCUGUGGCCCGGGCAGCGGGCCAGCGGCAGCGCCCCGGGCCCAAGAGGCCCCCAGCAGCCCUCUGGUUCUGCAGGCCGGUUGCCUCAGACCCAGGAUCGGGUCCAGUUCUCUAAGAUUUCCAAGGAAAGAGGGUUGGUUAGUCGUCAGUCUUUGUUUUCGGGGUUUGUUUUUUUUUUUUUGGCCGCUUAUGCCAACACCACAAAAGCCCUUUCGAUCCAGGCUCUCGCUGAUUCAUUCCAGACGCCUGUUCUCCUCUCGGAGGAAGGGCCAGAGGGGCAGCGCACCCUGCCCCUUGCGGGGAGGAGCCGCUCCAGGUAAAAAGCCCUUUGCCCGCCUCCCUGCCAACCACAAGUCCGUGUCUGGCCACGGAGAGAGGACGGGCAGGGUGGGGGUCACCUGCCAGGGGCCACGCUCCAAAACGCAGACUGACCCUGAACCGAUCCCCUCCCCCCAAAAUGGCUGCACCCUGCUGAUGUGACUCCCAACAUUUUCCAGGCCAAGCCCUCGGGGCUGGGCCAUCCCACUGUUUGGAGUUCAAGACGAGCUUUUCUAGGCGCAACGCACAGCCUAACUCACGUCCCGCCACCCCCUGGGCAGGUUCCAUCUUCACAGCUACUCUGGCGGGUAGGGGAGUGGCCUGCUCGAGGUCACGUGGCCAGUGAACGGCCGAGCGGGACUUGAACCUGUGCAUCCUGGACCCUCACAGCUGCCACACCUGGCAGGUGGGGUGGGGCGCAUCCCACCCACACAGCUGCUCCGCCCAGCGUCGGGGCCACCGCAGGCCGGGGCUGUUAGGCCACGGUCUGCACCUGGCUGGCUGCCACCCCCUGCCGGCCCCCACACACCUCACUGGCACCCGGGCAGUCCCUUUCCCAGCCACUGCACCUUUGCCCCUCGGAUCAGACACCCGAUGGGCCCGGAGCUGGGGGCUGGACUGACAAGUUGCCGUCACAUGGCCACUCAAGGUCACUGCCGGCCUGACAGACGUGUUCACUAGAUCGGCACCUAGAGACUCUGCCUGGCUGGCUUUCUCUACUGUAUAACCAGAUGUCUCACAGAGCCAUUUCCUCCCCAGACACAGGGUGGGACAACAGUAGGUUUACUGUUGUUUGUUUAACAAAUAACAAGAAUGAACUGUGGCCCUGGCUGGUGUGGCUCAGUGGACUGAGCCCAGGCCUGCGAACCAAAGGGUCACAGGUUCGAUUCCCAGUCAGGGCACAUGCCUGGGUUGUGAGCCAGGUCUCCAGUUGGGCCUGUGCAGGAAGCAACCACACACUGAUGUUUCUCUCUCUUUCUCCCUCCCUUCCCCUCUCUCUAAAAAUAAAUAAA